AGUGAGGAUGAAGCUCUUAAACGUUCCCGAGUACGUACGAGAUGCGCUUGCCGGUGUGGCCCAACGGUUAGGCUUCACCAGCAAUCAACACUCGGUGGAUUAUGAUUUCCGCGUGUUUGAAAACAACCGCUCGGUAGUGUCGGUGCUGUACCGGGUGACAUUUCGCGAAGAGCCACGGGAAGCGACCGUGCUGUGUAAAGUGCCACCACCCGAUGCCGACGACACGCUGCUGGCGCUGUUCGAGCGUGAGGUGUUUGUGUAUGGUAAGCUUUUGCCUGCGCUGGAGCAAUUCCAGCGCACCCGGCAGGAAGGAACGGCCGCCACACCGACUACGGCCGGCGACCUGGAGGAGUCGUCGGUGCCCUUUGCCCCGUCCUGCUACCAUGCGCACUGUGAUGCGAAAAAGGGCGAAGGCAUCAUUAUACUGGAGGAUGUGCAGCGGCGGGGAUUUUCCAACCGUCACAAAUUUGAACCGAUGGAUUACGACCAUGCCCGGUUGGCGAUGAUACAGCUGGGGCGCUUCCAUGCCACCUCGCUCGCACUCAAGAAGCACCAGCCGGAGCUGUUCGAGCAGUACCGGUACAUGGGUGACGUCACCGGUGAGCGUGUCCUCGCGAUGGAAGGGUUCGAGCAAACCAUGGAGCAAGCGUUUGAAAAUGCGGCCGCCACACUGCCGGCGGGCGAUGCGGCUAGGCGCGAAAAGUUGGCACGCCUUCGGGGAUGCUUUGCCGAGGAGCUGCAAAACAUCAGCGAUACGGCCCUGUCGGAACCGUUCUGUGUCGUUUGCCAUGGGGAUUACGCGGGCGAUAACAUGAUGUUUUCCUACAACGGCGGAUUCCCCAGCCGGAUGGUAAUGCUCGACUGGCAGCAGGCCAAGUACGGAUCGCCGGCGCUGGAUUUUGUGCAUACCGUGUUUCUGUCGACGGACGAAUCGUUCCGUCGCAACCACUACGACAACAUGCUGCAAACGUACCACAACGCCCUGCUCAGCCAUCUGGAGCGGCUCGGGGACGAUAGCGCAACGGAGUGGUUCCCGCUCACCGUGCUAAUGCGCCUGAUCAAGCUGCAGGCGCGUCAAGCGCUCGUGCUGGGACUGUUGCACAUUCCGCUGACGGUGGCAAGCGAGGAGGCCGCCAUUGCGGAGGGGGAACCGGGGGAAGAGGAUGAAGAUUCGGGAUCGGUGCGGAUAAGCGAUACAACCGACGCGAAGUACCAGUCACGUAUGGCCGGUCUGCUGAAGGACGUGUUCCGAUUAGGCUUUCUAUAGCUUUGGACAAUAAAAAAAGAAUUUAAAUUUGACAAACUA